CAUAGAUUGUGCGCCCCGAUAUUCCGCGUCCAAUGGAUCCCAGUUAUCAUACCUUACAAUACGUGGCCAUACAAUAUCGACUUUGAUAAUUCACGACCAAAUAAGAGCUAGAUAUUCCGUGUACAAGCAAUGGGACUUGUUUGUACACGUAAUAUCUGACUGUACAAUAUCUGGCCGCACAAUAUACGGACUCAACCCCGAAGACGAGUGUGUGUGUUUGAUUUCGUUUACUCGUGAAUUUGUGUGACUGCAUUGUCUUAUAUUAUUAGAACAUUACUAUUAUACCAACCAAUAUGUCUUCAGUGUGUUGUGGAACCAAAAAACAGAAAUUAAACAACUCGUAUAGUAAUAAUGUUGAAAGACCUAUAAAUGGUUACCAUGAGACUGUAGCAAUUCCUGAUAUGUGUUACUUUUGUUUCGAUGUUUUGUAUUGUCAGCUGCAUAGUAUGGACCCGCCACAAACUCCAAACUUUACUAAUGAGGCCUAUCCAUUGUUCGUUACAUGGAAAAUUGGCAAGGAGCACCGUCUUCGGGGUUGCAUUGGGACAUUUAAUGCAAUGCAUUUACAUUCGGGUCUUCGGGAGUACGCAAUAACGAGUGCAUUAAAGGACUCGCGCUUCUCGCCCAUCACGCGGGAAGAGGUGCCGCGGCUGUCUGUGUCCGUGUCCAUCCUCCAGCACUUCGAGGAGGCCGAGCACUACCUGGACUGGAAGCUGGGCAAGCAUGGCAUCCGCAUAGAAUUCGUCAGCGAGCGCGGCACCAAGCGCACCGCCACAUACCUACCUCAAGUUGCCACAGAGCAAGGUUGGGACCAAAUACAAACGAUCGACUCGCUCCUAAGAAAGGGGGGCUACAAGGCGGCGAUUACAGCCGAUCUGCGGCGCAGCAUCAAACUGACCCGCUACCAGUCGGAGGAGGUGUCCGCCUCCUACGGCGACUACAUCGGCCAACGUUGCUAGCACCCCGCCCUCGGGGAGCGCCGCCACGCCGUACCCCGCACACACAAGCGAUCUGCGAGUGCAAGUUACAAAUAUUGUCUUAGUAAUAAUUUAGUCUCUAAGUGUACUACAUGUGUCGAUCAGACGGGCCGAUGUGAACACACCGAUAAUUUCAGCGAGCUCAAAAGUACAAGAAGUCAGAAUUAUGCUCAAAGUGGUUCCGGCACGGAUGGGAGUGGCUUGUGUUUUAUCAAUAUGUAAUAUUAAGCUAAUAUCACUGCCAACGACAUUCCUUUAAGGAAGAUUCGAGGUGCCAUCGAACCGAUUCACUGCAGUCUCCAGGGGUAUGUAAAUGUUUCACUUAAACCGAUAUCUGCCUUGGUCCACGCGAUUAUCGACUUUAUGAUUAGCAGUAUAGCACCAAUAUUUCUUGGUGCAAUUGAUGUUUUGUAUGUCAGUGGCGAAUUUAUUUUGGUUAUGAUACAUUAACCCGUGUGAAUCAUUUGCUUAAACAUUACUUGGAUGCUUUUCUUUUACAUUUGAAUUAAUAUUGUAUGGUUCCAAAGGCAGUGAUCGUUUUUGUUGAAACGAAAUUUGAGGUAUUUUUCCAUCCAUUUACUCAAUUGAACAGAGUUUAUUAAUAUUGUAUAUUUAUUUCCAUUUGGAUUCCUGAAUAUUGGUUGUAGAUAAAAAUGUCUUUUAUAUGGAACCAUUUUAGGUUCCACCAAAUACGAUAUUGUUGAAAAUAUUGGCACGGAAUUAUUUUGAAUAAAAAUGUUAAUUUUGUAGCCUGUUUCCUAAUUUUGACGAGAAUUCACUUUGAUCAGAGUUUUGACUUUGCUUUAUUGUUUUGUUGUUUUAGUGUGUGUCACAAUGAAAUAUAAAAGUUUAAGAUAAAAUUUUUGAGUUCUGAUUAAAUUAAAAACUAUAGGUAUACCAUAAAUGUAUCUUUUAAUCAACUGUGUAUUUAUAUUUUGAAACUUUUUAAUUUUUAC